CAGUACUGGACAUUAUGGUAAACGCUUCUUUCCUGCACAAAAGACAAUUUCGCAACUUCUGUCCGGUUUCUACAAAUUCUGGCCGCGAUAAACCAUUUGACUUGUUUUUGAUCCUUGUACAAUUACUUAAUGCAUCAAGGGGGGCAUUUCAUGUUCUACGAGCUCUUGUUUCAUUUCAGAAAUUCGUGAAACAUUUUCAGUUCAUAAGUUAAAGAAUUGGACAGAAAGCUGUGAUAGCUAAAGGUUGAAAUUAAAAUUUUGUUUAAGUUUUGCAUGUAAAUAGGCAUGAAGUCAUCAUGAAGUGGUCUCACAGUUUACAUUUCUAAAGUCUGGCUAUUUUUUUGGUCAAAAUUAUGCCCCAUUUUAACCCAGAAAUUAUGAAAAUUUUGCAUAAUUAUAAGCAGGUUUCUCAGAAGCUUCUGUACCACAAUGUUUUCAAACUGCACACAUGUCUUUGACAUCAUGAGGGGAUCGCACAUGGCACUAUUUCUCUGGCUUUUAUUUUAGCAAGAAUAUGCCCCUGUUUUAACAUAAGAGAUCCUGGUGAAAGUUUUGUAUGUAAAGCAGGUUCUUCAGGAACUUUUAGACAGGGUGAUUUCAAACACUCCACAAGUUUUCUGCAUUAUGAAAUGACCAAGUGCUCUAUUAAACCAGGUUCCAUAACUUGCAGUUUUUACAGAAAUUUUGCCCCUUUUUCAACUUACAGAAUUUUGGUAAAGCCAGUAGUUUCACAUAAUAGUUGAGCAUGCUUUCAUUUCUUCUUCCUUUUUGAAUCAGAAGCCUUUAUACAAAACACUUGAACGUUGUUAUCUUAUUUUGAUUUAUUGAAUGUCACUGGGUCCUUGGAAACCAUGCAAGAGAUUCCCAACUAAACCAGUCAUAUUUGAAUUACUAUCACCAUGGAUGUUUAAAUUCUUUAGAUAUAAUGUCAGGGCUAAGUCUAGAUCUUGCAUAUUUUAUAUUUUCUCAGCAUGAAAAUUAGGAAAAGAAUACUGGUUGGUCCAUUGUCUCAUAAUUAUCAUUAAUAUUGAAUAUUUGCUUCUGUGACCAAUAUUAAAUUUUGUGCUUAUUAAGUUGAUAUAUCAGUGAAAGAUUUCACUGAAAAUUUAGUCAUAUUUAAAUCAGUUUGGCAAAUUUUAUUUGGGGACAUUGGCAAUUAGCAGAGUAUACUGAAACAAGGUCAGGUUGUUUUUUUUUUCCCCCUUCAUAAUAGGGGCCUUUAACUCAGAAAAUUUCUUUUAAAUCAUGCAGUUUUCCCCAAACAUUGACUUUACAUCAGGUUUUUAAUUCCCCUUUGCCCAAAUACCGAGCUAUAUUCUUCCCCAAAUCACAGGCCUGGGCCCCUUCCCGGCUCCUGGUAAAAAAAACCCCUGAAAUUUAGGCUGUUAUUUUAUUUCUGACCAUUUUUCUCUGCUGUCUAUGUUUAACUGAGAGAGUUAAUUAAGGGGAGCAACUACGUAAAGCUUUACUGUAAUCCUGUAUGUUGUAAGGUAGAUAGAUUCCUAAUGUAUGAAUCAUGAACAAGAGUUUUUAUCUGGCCAAAUGAUCUUACUUUGCUCUAAAUACUGUGUCAAUAAUUUGUAAGCGAACCUUUUGAUCGGAUUAUCCCAGUAGAUACUAGAAUGGGAAAAUGGUGGCCACCAUACUGGAAAAAAAGACAGUUGCAAAGAAAAUUUGUGAUACUGACACAGGGUAUGAUUUGAAAUAAAUGAAGUAGUGAGUCUCUCUGAACCAUGGAUGAAGUUGACUCAGGUGGUCCUUCAUUGAUGUUUAGUCAUCAAGAACAGGACCUUUGGUCUCAGAAGCCAGACACAGUUGAAACACCAUCAUCUGACCUGAAUCCAAGUCUUCCUGGACCAGGUUUUGUGACACAUCCAAGUUUUACCUGCAGCUCAUCAGUCGACUGUGGCUUCCCUUCAUUACAAACAUCACUUACAGCAUCUAUUGACUCGGGAUAUCCAUCAUUACAGACAUCAGCUGUGUCAUUAGAAAGUAGUUUCUCAUCUUUUCAAAGAUCUUCAAGCUUUAGUCUUAGUUUUAAUGAGAAGUCGGCAGCAGAGUCAUUUGGCAGCUACAUGUUGUCACCUGACGAAGGUUACGAUGAUGUGGAUUCUGCUGUGGAUUCUGCCCCGAAAUUCAGUUAUUUUCCAUCUGGAGAUACAGCAUUCAUUCAUUCAAAACUGCAGCACACUGGGAAUUGGCCUUCCUAUUGUGAGCAGGUAGUCUUCGACAGCAGUCCAGACAGGAGCAGUCAUUAUGCAGAAUCUGUCUCAGGGAGCAGUUAUUACACCACACAACCGGAUGAACCUCAUGUUGAUAAUUCAGCAGGAUACUUAACUUUGAAACCAGCUGAACUUGCAUUGUUACUCAAAGCUGGACUGGAAAAGUAUUUGUUAAUAGAUAGCCGUUCCUUCCUGGAGUUCAACACUAGUCAUAUUCAACAGUCGGCAAAUGUUUGCUGCUCAAAGCUUGUUAAAAGACGCCUCCAGAGGGAUAAGAUAAAUAUUAAAGACUUCCUGAUGCAAACCUGCCAUAUUGACAUUGAUGAGUUUAUGGAUGUGAUUGUCUACGACCAGUGUACAGAAAACUGUGAUCGACUCACAGAGGACAAUUUUCUCUUUGUCUUACUGAAUAAACUCUCAUGCACAUUCAACAGGGUAGCGCUUCUCAAAGGAGGAUUUCUGGCUUUCCAAGCCAUGUAUCCGUCCCUUUGUGAGAGCAAGACAAAUAAUUACAGAUGUGCAGCCCUGACGUCCCUCUCCCAGCCCUGUCUACCAGUGAGCAAUGUUGGGCCAACAAGAAUUCUGCCAUUCUUGUAUCUGGGCUCACAUCAAGAUGCUCUAUCUUCAGAUAUUGUAAAGGUGAACGAGAUAACUUACAUUCUGAAUGUAAGUACAACUUGCAUCAAACCAGGAAAUAUAUCGGACGGACAUUUUUUGCGCAUUCCAGUGAACGACAAUUACAGUGCCAAACUUAUACCAUACUUUGAGCAGGCAUUCCAGUUUCUAGAUAAAGUACGAGAAGCAAAUGGAUGUUGUUUGGUGCACUGUUUGGCAGGGAUUUCCCGAUCUCCAACAUUGGCCAUCGCUUACAUCAUGAAAUACUUGAAUAUGUCCUCUGAUGAUGCUUAUAGAUACGUGAAGGACAAACGACCAACAAUUUCUCCUAAUUUUAACUUCCUCGGGCAGUUGCUAGAUUUUGAGAAACAGUUGAAACAAGAGAAAGGUCUAAACACCAGUAGCAGCAGCGAUAGCAUCUGUAGUGACAAGUUUGAUGCAUCUUCAAAACUUGCAGACUUUAACAGCACACGCAAUUCAAUGACGACAUCCUGUCCCAGCAUAUCAUGGGAACAGCCGUCGUCAGAAUUCAGUCCCCCGACAAUUGUCUCAAGGAAAUUACAUUUUCAAAGUUCUGAAACACAAAUAUCUCAGGGUUCAUCAAAACAUGGUGAGGAUGGUAAAUCAGUGACUUCAGAAGACAAUAUAGAACAAAAUAUAGGAAAAGGUAAACAUAGACGAGAAAGUUUACCAUUGACAAAAUCACCAGUGAAACAUUUUUUCAAAAGUCAAAGUCUGAAGAUUAAUCCAGCAGUUUCUGUUGAAACACAUACUGCGAGACCAAACAUGCUGAAUCUUGGUAUUGACACAAGCAGACGCCUGCCAGUUUCUCUAAGCUUUGGCCAUGAAUCAAGUGUACUGCAAGCAUCGAAAGCAUUAUCAGAUAUCAAAGAGGCAUCAGAAACACCAUCUCCGAUUGUGAAUUCAGAAUCACAGGGGUAUAUUAACUCUACCUCAAGGAAACACACAAGUACCAACAAUGCACCUCCAUUGUUUACCAACAAUGCACCGCCAUUGUUAUCGCCAUUUCCGUGUGGUGAAACAACGAUACCGGUGCAUUCUAUGACAGAGGACCAGAAUUACGUACCUUAUUCAGGGAAUAUACAAAGACAUACAAAUAGCACAACAGAUUUUGAGUAUUCAAGUGUUGUGACAUCAGAAAAAUCAAAACAUUGUGAAAGUGAGCAAGUUCUUUCUAGUCCCUCUGAAUCAAAAUCAUUGACUGACCUUGUAACUCCUAUGACCCCAGACACACCAAGUGCCACUUUACCCUUUUCUUUCUCAGGACCAUUUAUAAAAGCAGGUGGUAAGAGACCGUUACGUAGUUCUUUAUCGUUAUCGUUGUCACCAGUAGCACCUCAUACACGUGAAAACUCAUCUACAAAAACUGAUGAAGCUUGCUCUGCAAUGAGCUUUGCACCAUCUGCUUGUAAAAUUGAACGGAAGUUACGUGCAAAAUCUCAUGAACCAGAAUCCUCCAACAGGUCAAACAUUCCAACCUUUGCACAUCCAGCAACGUCAUGCACUUCACCAGGUUCAGUGACAAUGUCGCACAAAGUGAAAUUAAAAUCAUUCAAUUUAUCAGCAUCGUUGCCUCUGUCUUUAGCAGCACAGUCUCCCACCACAUCCCUAGCCAGGCUCCAUUUUGGUAGUGCUGAAAAUAGUGAUAGUGAAAACGAGUCAGCGAAAAUGGACACAUCAGAUAUCUCACAGUGUUCAUUGCCCUCCAGAGGGCAGUUAAAGCUUGGUUUUAAGUCCUUAAAUGAAAGUUUGGAAAAACUGAGUAGCUUUCCUUCUACCUCUCUUGACAAACUGAACUUUACCCCAUGCUUUUCAAGCUCAAAUGAAAACUUGAAUUCAAGUUCCACAACUCCACGAACAAGUGGUGUGAAACGACCUUUGAAUAAUGAUGUUCAUAAUUUGAAAGAAACAGAUAUAAUGUCGCCUGGAUCACGAGGCAGUAGUAUUAACUCGAGUAGUAGUAGUUCAGUGUCAUCACCUACAAAUAACCAAACAAAGGUUGUAGUUAAAAAACGUGAAGGACGUGCAAAAAGGCCUAUGGUAAGGCCAAACAGUAUUGCCUUUUCAACGUAUCCCACUUUUGACCUUGGGUCGGAUUGUCAGGAUUCUCCAAAUUCUGCAAGCAGUUCUGCCUCUCAGGACGACACGUCAGAAUUGUACACACAAAAUGGGAAAAAGUCAAAACCUUCAGAAUACAUGACUGAUGUAAGGUUCCGACUUGGACGAUAUUCAGAGCGGGAAGUGUACAGGCAGAUAACGGCUGCAAUGGAAGCUGCGAUGAUGAAAUCGCAGUCAUUUGAUGCCAGUCGUAAAUCACGUAGCUUAGAUGAUAUACUAAGUUCAGAGGAUGAUAGUUCUGCACCAAAUUGUGAGUUUUCACACUUUGAACGUGUUUUACGUCGUUGUGGUUUGAAUCGUGAUAGAUUUGCCUCCCCUCCUUUGUUGUUAGAAAAACUUGCAUGUGGCACGGAUAUUUCCGAGCACUAUCAUUCGAGCAGCAGUUUGUCCUCAACAAGUAGUCAUACAUCGCUUCAUGGUAGUAUGGAGCUUAUUCAAGUUUCUUGACACAAAUUAUCUGAAAAUUCUUACCUAUUAUCUGUACAUAGUAUUUAAAAAAAAUUUGGACGUCCGUGCAAUUUUAUUUGUAAAAGUAUGUUAACUACGAUUUUACUGGCAUUUCUUGGAAUCAUUUGAGAAUUUACACCUUGUAGCUAAAAAGUGACUUUAAUGUUGGAUUGACUGCUGUUUGUUUUUGUUGUUUUCAUUUUUGAGUUUUGUUAUUGUUAUUAUUUGUUAGAUAUUUACUAAACAUAACUUGAAUUCUUUGCUUCGCUGUGAAGCUGCUUUAUUUAUGUUUUUGUUUUUGUGCACAAGUUAAUAAUUAUUGAUUUUAAGCAAGUAUCCUGGGUUUUGCUGUAGAAUAUUUUAAAGGUCAUAUUUUCUAUUUCAUUGAUCUUAAGAAAAUCUAACAGAAAGAGAAACAAACUAUGAUGAUAAUAAUUAAGUUAUCCAAAGACAAUGUUGAGACAAUUUUUAGAAGGUAACCAUUUUCUUCUAAGAUAAAUAAUGAACGUUUGUUACAGACAAGCAACAGAGACAGUAUUGUCAUGAGUUUUACUGUUGUAACAAGUUAGCGUUGUAGUCAAUGUAAUCUGCUGAACACAACCUGCUUUUAUGGUGAAGAUAAUUGAAUGAUCUUAAAAUAAGACUUACAGUCUAGACUGCUUUAGUGACCUCUUCUUUUUUUCAGCCACUCCCAGCAUUGUAGGACAUGAAUUCUAUCCCCACAGUCCCCUUAGUAUACCCGUAUGCAGUUAAUUUGUUUUAUAGGGACUUCCAAGUCCCCGGCUCAAAAUGUUUUCUAUCCAAUUUAUUAACCUAGAGCUGUCUUUCCUUAUCUGUUGUUGAAUGGUACCAUGAUUUCUCAUGAUAAGAAUAAAUGGUAAGAUAAAAAUUAAAAUGACACAAAUCAAAGCUUCUUGCGUGAUAUCAAAUAAAAAGAGAAACUGUUAGAGUAUUUAAACAGGAAAUGAAAACAAAGAUGAUAAUAAAAAAAAAAUAUUGUUCAGGCAAACAGAACAUAAUGUUAUCAAACUAUUGUAUGCACUUGGAUCAUAAUAAGUUAAGCUCUCUUUGAAUAAGUUGAUCAUUUCCUGGUUAGUUUAUUGCAGUGCCAUUGUUAUUUCUAUGAAAAAAAAAGAAGUUUAAACAACAAUGAAAUAUUCUAGAAAUUUUAGUUGAAUAUCUUUCUUAACCUUUAUCUGUUUUGAUUGGGACUGUUUUAUAUGAACACUUUUUCUAGUGGCUCACCUGUAUUGUCACUAAAAACAGUCUAGACUGUACUUGCUGUUUUUGACAAAGUGAACUUUGUUGCGUUAAAGAUUUUGAUGACAACAUUUUCAUGAUUAUUAGUUAUAUAUCAGUAUGUGCUAAGUCCCUUGGUACCUAAACUUCCAUGUAUUUAUACAGUUUUCAGAUAGGCGCAAGUAUUCACCUUAAGAAAAGCUCAAAAGUUAAUGUUACAUUUAAAAGUUAAAGAUAUAGGUAAUUUUGCUAGUGUCCAGUCUAUAACAUUUUAUGCAUUAUUAAAAUGCCUAAUGGCACAAAUAUUUACAACCACAAGACGAUGCUAUUGCUAUUUUACAUAGCACAGCUGAACUUAGAGCUUAAAGCUUACCUGAGCCAAAGGAUAUUCAACAAACUUGGUCAGAAGCAUCUGUGCAUGGACCUCACACAAGUUUGUUCAGAUGGUUCUGCUUAGGGGCUGCCAGAGCUAAAAAUAGAAAAAAAGACAAAAGAUAACUUUAUCUAAUGGACCACUUGAUUGAUGCUUACCCAUGUUGAUCAGAAGCAAGGUUAAAAUGAGGUGGUAAGGUGAGAGACUUCUGGCGAAAUUAUGUAAAAUCCAAAGUAAGCUAUAAACGAUUUCUUUAGAUGGACCUUUCAUAGGUUUGUUAAAAAUACUUCACUUGCACCUGUUGUUUUUUAUGCCCCCGAAUGGAGGCAUAUAGUUUUUGAACCGUCUGUCGGUCUGUCAGUCUGUCUGUCGAUCUGUCAGUCUGUCCGCAAUUUUUGUGUCCGGUCCAUAUCUUUGUCAUCGAUGGAUGGAUUUUCAAAUAACUUGGCAUGAAUGUGUACCACAGUAAGACAACGUGUCGCGCGCAAGACCCAGGUCCAUAGCUCAAAGGUCAAGGUCACUCUUAGACAUUAAAGGAUAGUGCAUUGAUGGGCGUGUCCGGUCCAUAUCUUUGUCAUCGAUGGAUGGAUUUUCAAAUAACUUGGCGUGAAUGUGUACCACAGUAAGACGAUGUGUCGCGCGAAAGACCCAGGUCCGUAGCUCAAAGGUCAAGGUCACACUUAGACGUUAAAGGAUUGUGCAUUGAUGGGCGUGUCCGGUCCAUAUCUUUGUCAUCGAUGGAUGGAUUUUCAAAUAACUUGGCAUAAAUGUGUACCACAGUAAGAUGACGUGUCGCACGCAAGACCCAGGUCCGUAGCUCAAAGGUCAAGGUCACACUUAGACUUUAAAAGAUAGUGCAUUGAUGGGCGUGUUCGGUCCAUAUCUUUGUCAUCGAUGGAUGGAUUUUCAAAUAACUUGGCAUGAAUGUGUACCACAGUAAGACGACGUGUCGCACGCAAGACCCAGGUCGGUAGCUCAAAGGUCAAGGUCACACUUAGACGUUAAAGGUCAUUUUUCAUGAUAGUGCAUUGAUAGGCGUGUCCGGUCCAUAUCUUUGUCAUUCAUACAUGGAUUUUAAAAUACCUACGCAUGUCAAUGUGUGACACAGUAAGACGAUGUGUCGUGCGCAAGACCCAGUUCCGUAGGUCAAAGGUCCUAAACUCUAACAUUGGCCAUAUUUAUAUAUUCAUUCAAAGUGCCAUCGGGGGCAUGUGUCAUCCUAUGGAGACAGCUCUUGUUUUUAAUCCGAUUUCACUCACUUGUUGCCCGCGUAUUGAUCAAAUACGCAUUAAGGGCUUGAAAGUUUGUGUUGUGCUUAUCUCCAAAAGUAGAUCUAUUUGACCUAGAGUCAUGUACUUUUAUGGUAGUGGUGAUGUUGUACAUCUGUGUAAAUGUUUUUGACUCCUCUCUACAGGUAUUUGUAUUUUAACUGAAGUUUGUGCCUUUUUUUCAUUGAAAAUAUCAUCAUCGAGGCGCAGUUUUACAGUUUUCUUAACAAAGAAGAUGAUAUGUUAAAUUUAUUUAAGUCUUGAAAUGUCAGCAAGUAACAUAUGAUAUUCAGUGACAGUAUGGGGUACUGGGUCUUAUGGGUACAAUCUCAUUCUCAAAUGAUUGUGCUUGAUCUCAUUUUGGCUAAUAAUAGAAAAACUUGUUCUCGUGAACUACUUGACACAUCUUUCACCAAACUUGAUCUGUAGUAAGGUGGAAAAGUCAAGGCCCUACUCAGGUUGGAUUCAUUUGUGCCUCUUGUUUAUCAAAACAUAAUGUUAUUUGCAAUUGAAUAUGUUGUACAAAUGCUGAGCACAGUUUUGUGGCUAGGUCCAUGUCCUGUUACAACACAUGAUUUAUGAAAUGAAACAUUUCUUACUAAUUAACAUUAAUAGAGCCACACAUCAGCUGAGGGCUCAGAGCGAAACUACUGUAAAUAUAUAUAUCAGUAAAGAACAAGAUGUAUUAGUUUCGUGCUGAGCACACAUCUUUUAAAGUUACUUGUUCAUAGGGAAGGAAUGAAAUUUUUAUUUUUUAUAUAGUAUUUUAGAGGAACUUAUUAGAAAUAAAAUUUAUAUCUAGUAUUGAAAAAUAGUAGAAGAAGAAAUAGAAGUCAUGAAUAUUUGUGAAAACCAAUCCUUUCCAAAGUUUUUCAGUAAUCUUGUACAAAAGGCAACUUUCACAAAACAACAAGUUUAAAUUCAAGAGAAAAGAAGUGUGCACAAGUAGCUUUAAAGGAUGGCACUUGUAUGGCAUUUCUUCUUUUUUUUUCGUUUUAUUUCCUUUAAACCAGUAUGGGGUUUACCAAACAUGUUUCUUUUUUUCUCCUCUGUAUCAUAUUUGUUUUACUGUUAAGUAGCAGACAUUUAUUUUUUUAUAUAUUAAAGAAAGAGAACAUGUAUUUGCUUCAUAUACAAACAGACAUGAAGUAGUGGAGAAUUUGUUAAUAUACAAUUGUUACUUUUGAUGUAUUUCUAUUGUGCAAGCACAUGGUCAUGCUACUUUAAACAACUUCUUUGUUUUUCUUUGUUUUUUGUUCCAAAUGACUUGCCAGCUAAACUGGUUCAAGUGCUCACUUUCACUAUGUCAAUGGAUGUAUUUGAUUUAGAUAUUAGACUUUCCAGUUUAGAAUAUUAACAUACAUGGGGUGUCAUUAAGGAGAUGAAUCAGAAUUGCAGUAGGAAGAAGUAUGUCAUUAAUGUAAUCUGUAAUUGAAGCUCAACAAUAAUAUAUGUAAUUGAAGCUUCUGUAAACUUCAAACAAUCUAGAUAUGUAAUUGAAGCUUAUGUAAACUUUAAACAAUCUAGAUAUGUAAUUGAAGCUUAUGUAAACUUUAAACAAUCUAGAUAUGUAAUUGAAGCUUAUGUAAACUUUAAACAAUCUGGAUACGUAAUUGAAGCUUAUGUAAACUUUAAACAAUUAAGAUAUGUAAAUGAAACUUAUAUAAUUUUUAAACAUUAAUUGAAACAGUUUAAAUAUGAACUCAUAUAAACCUCAGUAAUUGGAGCUCAUAUAAACUUCAAACAAUAUAAAUAUUUAAUUGAAGCUCAUAUGAACUUUAAACAAUUUAAAUCUGUAAUUGAAACAGUUUGAAUCUGUUACUGGAGCUUAUAUAAAUUUUAUAACCAUUUUAACAUUUAAUUGAAGCUCAUGUAAACAUUAAACAAUUCAUAUCUGUAAUUGAAGCUCGUAGAUUUUAAACAUAUUUAAUCUGUAAUUGAAACUGAUACAAACUUUAAAGUGAAUUUUCUCCUUUUGGCUGUUACUUAUUAACAGACACAUUUUUCAAGUGGUUGCCAUUAGCACUUGUUUCCAUUAGUAGUCUUACACACAACCUUUAUAGUAUUCUCCUAUUGCCUUAAUGUUUUCUGUGCUGCUUUUUUGAUUCAAUAUUUAAGAUAAGUUAAAUUUUUAAAUACAUGUACCAUUGAAAGCAUAACUGAAGAUGUUAUUCCACUUAUUACAACUAUUUCUUAGUUUUUAAGUGAUGUAUUGCCAAAAUUCAUGAUGUAAUCUAAUGUUUACCAGAAUGAAAUUACGCUGUAGGUAUAUUUAAGUCAUUUGAAUUGUAAAUUGAGAAGAAUAUCGUAUAAACCAGUCUUUUUGAUAUAUGAGCCGUGCCAUGGGAAAACCAACAUAGUGGGUUUGCGACCAGCAUGGAUCCAGACCAGCCUGCGCAUCCGCGCAGUCUGGUCAGGAUCCAUGCUGUUCGCUUACGGUUUCUCUAAUUGUAGUAGGCCUUAAAAGCGAACAGCAUGGAUCCUGACCAGACUGCGCGGAAGCGCAGGCUGGUCUGGAUCCAUGCUGGUCGCAAACCCACUAUGUUGGUUUUCUCAUGGCGUGGCUCAUAAUUAUUAUGUGAGUGACAGAGUGAUAGAGUUGACACUUGAAUCAGUUUAGUUGAAAUGGUAACAGUUUUCAGGCAGUUGCCGCUUUGUCCAUCUGUCUGUAUAGAACUUCUAUUUCAUUGUAUAAAGAUCUGUUUUAUGAAUGGGGUUGUAUUGUACCAUAUCAGUUGAAUGUGUAGCAACAGGUGGGAUGCUUAAACAAUAAGAUAGAGCAUUCAUUUACAUACGGUUUUGUUGUCACUGAUAAAAAUUUCUUAAUUGAAUCUUGCUUAGAAGAAAUUUUACAAUAGUGAAGUAUGAUGAGCAUAGUUAUGUUUGAAUUAUUGAUAGAAAAUGCCCUUUGUUACUGACAUUGUUUGUUUCACAUUGCAUGAUUUUCACUUGCUUUCCAGUUCAGUGUUAACAUAAUUUUAAUUGAAGUUUUCUGUUUGAUUUAACCCUUACCCUGCUAAAUUUCUGUAAUGAACUUGUCCAUCUUUUAAUUUGGACAGUACCAUUAACUGUUAAAAGGGGUGCUUUCCAAAAAGAUACUGACUGAAUGGAGAACAGUGCAGACCAUGAUCAGACUGCACGGAUGUGCAGGCUGAUAUUGGUCUGCACUGGUCGCAAAGGCAGAAUCACUUGCUGCCAACAGGCUAAGGGUUAAUUAAAGAUUGAAAUUGUGAUGUUAGAUAAAUAAACAUCAGAUGAUAAAGCCGUUUUAUGAUAAAACAACCUUUUUUAAAAACUGUUUGAUGAUGAAAACAAAAUUCAUUAAAAUAAUGUAGCUGAAGUUUAGAAAACCCUACUCAUUCUUCUGUGAUACCAAAAGUGGACACAUUAAAUUUUGUAGAGUUUGUUUUUAUGUGUGCUAUAUUGUAAGUCUUUGCAGAUUCAGUUUCAAUCAAGAUCACUGUGUGAAAUAAGGGUUGAAAGGGAGAAUUUUGGGGAGUGCUCUACUCUCUGCUCUGUAAUUUGUUUGUAUAUUGCUUCCAUCUUUAGUUCACAGACAUUAAAAUUCAGUGUUGUAAGUUUU